AUGCCAGGCAUGUCAUACGGCAUCCAGGCAAACACUUCUAUGUUAGAGGUCAAGAAUUCCAUAACCUCUAUUCUCUCGGUGCUGGACAUAGAUGAGCCAAAUUUUAGUUUGCCCCUAUGGUUCAACUCAAGCUUCAUGAACUACACAGCAAGUUUUUGAUUGCAUAUUCAUUAGUAUAUAUUUAUAUGUCUUUUCUCAAUUAUUUUGCUGGAUUUUUGAUCAAUUGAGUGGUUGGGUCAGUGGGACAUUGGUUAAAGUUUGGAUUUGUGAUAAAUUUUGCCAGAUAAAGUGAAGGCUUCUCAUGAUGUCUACGUUUCAUAUUUUGGAUUUUUUUCAACAUACUUGUAUGGCAAUUAUUUAAACACAAAAUUAUAUAAUGAGGUGUAUCAUUUGUAUAUUCAUUAUGUUAGUCAUAUGAGGUGCAUCAUUUUUCAUGUUUCUGACUAGUAAUGUGUGCUUCAGGUCAAGGAUCAUCUUUGAUUAUAUGUGUGGGAAUAUUGACUGGCUACACAGAUACAUUAUACAAGAUUUAUCUCAGCUCACAGGCCUACUAAGGACCAUGGAAGAGUAUGUCAAUGCAAAUGGGUCAUUCUCAAAACCCACAAGGGAUACUAGAAAAUCACCUAAUCAGUUCCAGUUCUCUAAGGUAAAGAAGAUGCAGAAGAGUGCACGAGGUCAACUUCAGAAGAUUGUAAAGGAGCAAGAAAAGAUAACAACUGAGUUAGUAGGCCAGAGCAAAUCACUGCAGGAACUUGAGAAAGAAUUAAAGAAAAAGGAGAUCCAAAAUGAAAAGAAGAGACUCAAGCUCCAAUUUGAGAAUAUUAUGGUACUGUAAUUGUACUAGUCUUUCUCGAAGAUUGAAUGGGUUUUGAUUCUAGCCUGGCUUUUCUUUUAGUUGGAUCAGUUUAGUUCUUUAGUUGUUGUAGAAAGGCUUUUGAAUAUUUCACUACUGGAAGGGGCCUGUAUCUGUUUGAUUAUAUGCUACAGAGUAGUCCUUUACUGGUAGAAGUCAAGAUCAGUUUGCUGUUGUGUUAGGUUGUAGAUGUCGUUGAAGGGGUAUGCCCUUUCUUUUGUUCUCAUUCUCUUUAAUGCCCUUAGAUGUUCUGAGCUGCAUGUGCUACAUUUUGUAUCUUCUCUUCAAUGAAUUAUUUAAAUUUUAAGUGAGUGUUAUUUUUCAGUUU